AACACAACGAUUUGAAAUCCUCUAAGGAGUGUACACACGGACAGCCGAGUGACCGUGAAUUAAAUUUCCGCAUUGUGAUAUCAAGUUCGGUUGCAGUGACAAGUGGCCUGAAGAACUGUAACGUUUAAGUUGUUCAACAAUAUUUUUUUUCGAGCUUUCGUGAAGUGAAUAGUCAGGAUGUUUUCUUUGGAGAUCGUGCUUGCAGUUUGCAUCGCCGUGGUGGCAAGCUCCCCAAUCGAAGACGGUAGAUGGAACCCAUACAAAUAUGGAGACGACGGCAAAUACAUUCCCAGCAAUGAGGGAAAAUACAUCCACAUUCCGAACCCUUAUAUUCACAUUGACAACCCUUACGACGGUGGCUAUGGACCCUACACCCAUGACUACGAGCCCUACGUCGGCGAGGCCUCAGUAGACCAGUACAGGCUGAUCCAAUAUCCUGGUGAAGAUAACCCCUUCUACAAAGAUGGAUACUACAAGAACAAUGGAAUUAAGAUCAUCAAGCAAAACCACAACUACAAGGAGGACAAAUACGAUUUUGAUUUCGAGACCGAAAACAAGAUCCGUGCUGAAGAGAAGGCUGUCCUCAAGAACCCCAACACCAUCGAUGAGGGUAUCGCUUCCAAGGGCUUCUACGAGUACAUCGGACCCGACGGUUUCAUGUACAGAGUAGACUACACCGCCGACGAGAAGGGCUUCCGCCCCACUGUCAAGAGGUUGGAAACCCCCUACUCCGGCAAAUGGAUAUACGAGAAAGUCAACUAAAGCAACCCUAAUAUCAUCAUCCUCUGAAUCAGUAUUUUGAUAUAAGUAGGCGAUGUUGCAUUUUCCAUUGUAACCUCAUUCAUCUUCCGACUGACUGCAAUUUAUUUAACGAUCACCUUCAUUUAGUUCAAGAUCAAAAUAUUGUUCACGAAUAUGACAUUUGAAUUUCUCAUAGCCAGGAUAUCAUUGAUGCAUUUGAUAGACAGAUCAACCUCGAUAAUGUUUGUAGUAAUAAAAUACUUUUGGU